UCUUAUCUGUUUACUAAACCUAAACCAAAUCCAUGGACGACAUUUUUCCGACGAUUCGUCACACUCAGAAGCGCCAAUCCGAAAACUGCUCCGAUGUUGAUGAAGAGUAUCAUGAUCUGAUAGAUCAUAUACUGUUGCCCAACUGGGUUCAGGACCUAAAUCAACCUGGGAUAAGCAGUGAUUUUGCGCCAGGGCAGAUCAGUAAUGUUAGCACACCCCAAACGUUUCAAUCUCCAAACUUUUCCAAUGGUUCGGUUUUGAAACGCAACGUUUCAAACUUAUCUGGACCAGAACGAGCUAUGAGGAAAAGGAGAAUUGAUCAGGCGUAUCGGGAAAGAUGCAGGAAUCUCAAAACAGAAAUGCAAUCGAAUAUGGAGAACCUUAAAGGAGAAAAUGAUUCUUUAAAGAUAGAGAAUGAAUCCUUGAAAGAAGCUAAUUCUUUGAUGAAUCAAACUUUGAGAGAUCAAGAAUAUGAGAUUGAGAAGUUGAGGAGUGAUUUUGUUCAGAUUAAGCGCGAGUAUGAGCAGCAAAAUGUUCUUGUGCAAACUCUUUCAGGGCUUUUAGCUGAUCCAAUGAGGCUUGAAAACGAGAAGUUGAAAGAUGAAAAUGCAUCUUUGAGGAAAAAUGCCGAUCUUAAUAGUAACUUACCACAGCUGGCAGAGGAUAAUGCAAAAUUAAGAAUCGAAAAUAAAGUACUCAAGGUGCAGAACGAUGCUUUAUGUGGGAAGAUUAUCAGCGACAAUGACAUGAAACGUGAACAAGAUCAGUAAGCUAAAUUAGUAAUACAAAAUGAAGAUAAGCCCUGUGUUCUUUCUCAGUUGACGACACGUGCUGUAUUUUAUUUCAUGGCACAGCUUGUCUUUCUCUGUCCUUUUUCUUUCAACUCAUCUUCAAUCCUUCCACCAUGUGGCUACUUAUGGCUUAUCUUCUGAUAGCACUUUAGCUUUCUUGUUCUUGACCUCACUUCUUUCCUAGAUCUUUUAGUUAGAUCUUCAAUCGAUUAGCAUCCUUGAUCUAUUUACUCUUGUUUCCGUACUUGUCGUGUCUUCCUUGACCUCACUUCCUUGCAACCGGAAGGCCGGAAAAGAAAAACGAAUAUGGUUUUCUAGUGUAUUGCUGGCUGACGGGUAUAUGGUAAUUGACGGAUCUUGGCUGGUACCAUGGUGAGAUGUAGGGGGUAGUCAUAAAGGAGUAAAACUGGUGGUGGUGUGAUGUUGAUAUCGAAAUUAGCUUGAUCGUAAUUCCUCCUUCGGUAUGCUCCUUGAAUUUGAUUGUUUUAUACUUCAUUUGUUGGCAGUGGAAUUUACAAACUAUAGCGGCCACAAAAAGAGGUGUUUGUGUAUCAUCUUUUAUUAUGGGGGGAAAAGAUGUAUUUUAUAUUGUUUAGGCGUAGUAAUUGCAUGAA